GUAUCCACCGGUUCAUCAUCGUCUCCACUUGCCUUCAAGGCUUCGCUCGCGUAAUUAAUCCUCUUCUCUUUCUUCACAUCAUAGACUUUCGCAAUGCCUUACGCUUCAGGUGACGCUGGUAAGGGUGCUGCCAUCUUUAAGAGAAGUUGUGCUUUGUGCCACACCGUCGGUGCUGGCGAGCCCAACAAGGUCGGCCCCAACUUGCAUGGUCUUUUCGGUCGCAAGACUGGUUCCGUGGAGGGUUUCUCGUAUACGGCGGCUAACGUGAAGAAGGGCGUUGUAUGGGGAGAGGACACUCUUUUCGAUUACCUUGAGAACCCCAAAAAGUACAUCCCUGGAACCAGCAUGAACUUCGUUGGUCUCAAGAAGGAGAAGGACAGGAAUGACCUUGUUACUUUCUUGAAGAAAGCGACGGCCUAA